CUCAAAGUUGGGUUUUAUUGCAGGAACACAGAAGAUGAAGGAAGAGUAAGUGGAAGAAGAAGAAGAAGAAGAAGCAUCUGCAGCAGCUGAACACUGAACAAGCUGAUACUUCUUUCAGCAUAGUGAGCUAUAAACUUGCAGAAAAAAGUUUGCCAAUUGACAUGGUAAUGGCUUCUGAUUCAUCACAACUGCAACUCAAAUGGUUGCUGACACUCUAUUUUUAGCUCAAUCCUGCCGACUUUGUCAGAUAUGUCGAAUUCUCCGACCAACUCUUCGGCUUCUUCGAAUUCGAAUGGCCUAUCUGUUCCUGUCAUAAUAACAAUUGUGGUAUUGUGUGGAGUAGUACAAAUUGUGGUAGUUAUUUUGAUCAUAAGAUGUGUGCAAAAGAUCAUCAGGUCUUCGACCAAUUCAAGAAUGAUGACACCCAGUGGCUCAACUCCAUCUUCCAUGUACAAGGAAUCAAGGAUUGAAAUGGAACCGAUGGAAGAGUUCCUCCAUAACAUCCUUAAAGACAAGCCCAUGAGGUUUACACCUCAGAAUCUAGUGGAUUUCACGCAGAAUUAUGUGGAGAAGUUGGGUUCUGGUGGUAAUGGAGCAGUCUACAAAGGACAGUUUCCGGAUGGCACACAUGUAGCAGUAAAAGUCCUCCAUGGAACCUCGGGCAAGAAGGAAGAGGAGCAGUUCAUGGCGGAAGUCGGCACCAUAGGCAAAACGUACCAUAUCAACCUGGUCAAACUCUAUGGCUUCUGCUUCGAUAAAACAGUGAAGGCACUGGUCUACGAGUUCAUGGAGAAUGGAUCACUAGAUCAACACCUCUUCGACCGCAAAUGUAGAAUCGAGUGGGCAAAGCUGUACGAGAUCGCGACCGGGACGGCAAAGGGAAUCAGAUACCUGCAUGAGGAAUGCCAGCAGAAGAUCGUGCACUACGACAUCAAACCAGCAAACAUUCUUCUGACGCCAGAUUUCCUCCCCAAGGUUGCUGAUUUCGGGUUGGCAAAGCUCUGCGACAGGAAGAAGAACACUAAGCCGACAGGAGGAGGAGGAGGAGGCAGGGGAACUCCGGGCUAUGCCGCACCAGAGAUGUGGCUGCCAUUACCUGUGACUCACAAGUGCGACGUCUACAGCUUCGGCAUGCUUCUGCUUGAGAUACUGGGGAAGCGGAGGAACUAUGACGCGAAGCAGGUUGAGAGCCGGGAGUGGUUCCCCAUCUGGGCGUGGCGGAAGUACGAACAAGGUGAGAUGGAGAGCAUGUUGUCGGCGUGCGGGAUCGAAGAGGAAGACCGAGAGAAAGCAGAGAGGAUGUGUCAAGUGGCGUUAAGGUGCAUCCAGUAUCAGCCGGAAUCCAGGCCUGAGAUGAACUGCGUCGUCAAGAUGUUGGAGUGGAAGCAACAGAUUCCUGCUGUAGAUAACCCGUUUGAGCACAUGGACACCGACAGCUCGAGCUCAGCUCUGUGGAGUUCGAUCACAAGCACAACAUACUCGAGUAGCAGGGCGACCGGCAAAGAUGACACUGAAGUGAGCGGUUCAUCGUGAUCAGAUUACACACCCAAGCAUUAUGAUUCUGUCCAAGAAUCAUGAAGUAGUUCUGUAACUAUGAUCAUGAGAAUAUAACUUGGUUGCACCAAGAACACUUCUGUGCUUGCAUGCACCUCUUUAUCCAGUUCAAGUAAUUCUCUUCCCGUGUGUCCUCUUUCAUGUGUAAUGUACCCAAGGAAAGAUUCCAACAGUUGACUGCAAGAUUCUCUUCUGCCAGAAGAAGAUCUAUUA